AUGGCAGCACCCCCGGUCGUCAACUUCAUAACGGGCAACGCCAACAAGCUGCGCGAGGUCAAGCACAUCCUGGAGCCGGCCAUCACGGUGGCGUCGCAGAGCGUCGACCUGCCGGAGCUGCAGGGCACGGUCGAGGAGGUGACGCUGGAGAAGUGCCGCGUGGCGGCGCAGCAGGUUGGAGGCCCCGUCCUGGUCGAGGACACGUGCCUGUGCUUCAAUGCGCUCGGCGGGCUGCCGGGGCCUUAUAUCAAGUGGUUCAUGAAGUCCAUAGGACAUGAGGGACUGAACAACCUUCUGGUUGCGUACGAGGACAAGUCAGCAAAGGCCGUCUGCACGUUCGGCUUCUCGAAAGGGCCGGGCCACGAGCCCAUGCUGUUCCAAGGUGUCACAGAUGGCAAGAUUGUGCCGGCGAGGGGCCCGGCGUACUUCGGAUGGGACCCGAUCUUUGAGUACGAAGGGCAAACGUACGCGGAGAUGGACCAGGGCGAGAAGAACAAGAUCUCACAUCGGUACAAGGCUCUGGAGAAGCUCCGGGUCUGGAUUGAGAACGGCAUGAAGGAUUGA